AUGAAUCAAGGUGAUGGACUGACAAAUGGUUCCGAUUUAUGGGAUGCCUUAUCAUUUUUUGACAAACCAAAUCAAAGUACUCCGAUUGGUUUUGACGUUGAAAAAGACUCCAAUUUUUUUUUUGAUAUUACCCCUUGGGAACAGGAAAGCGCUUCAAAGGAGACUAUUGAUACUGAUACUAAGAAAAGUAAGAAUAAAAUAAAUAAACUAAAUGUAAGUGUUGACAAAUGUGCAAAUAAAGAUAAACCAGCUGGGAGUAGUACCGGUAAUAAGCAGAAAGAAGACAGAGAAAUACAGGCGAAUGCUGACACUAGAAAAGUUGCUAAAAAAUCCAAGGAGAAGAAGAGAGAUAGGAGGUUAAGGUCUCGAUUUGGAUGUGAAAAGUGUAGGAACAAAAGGGUUAAAUGUGAUGAGAAGAGACCUCUGUGUGGUCGUUGUCUCCUGAGGGGGGUCCAGUGCAAAUAUAAGAUUUUACUUCAGUUUAGAGAAGAUUAUGAGAGUAAGGGAAAGAAGUUUGGAAGAGAAGGUGUCUGGAAUAAAACAGGUCUGUUUGAAAAAACGGUAAAGGAGUUGGUAUCGAGUUCGAAAGACACACAUUACUUGGAUAUACAGAACACUAGUGCAUUAGCUUUUGUGAAUUUCACUAUUAAAGAUAUUGUUCAGGGAAGGCGUUGGAUCCCACCUAGCAUACAGCCAUCACUUAUACCUGUAGAUAUUAGGACUAGUGCUAACGAUAAUCUGAUAGGAUUUGCAUUAAAUUAUUAUAUUGAUGUAAUUUCACCGAUAUUUAACCCAGUUGGCUUCAAAGGAUUCAAUAAGCAGUAUAUUAUUAACAUGUCAUCGAAACAAGUACUCAUUGAACCAGGGUUGAAUUCAAAAUGGCUUAUUCAAUAUUCUCAAAACAGAAAUAGCGUAUUCUAUUUGGUACUAGCCCUUGGAUUCUUGUAUUUGUCAAAAAAUAAUACUCACUCAUUGGACCUUAAAGAUUCUCGAUCCAAAUGGUUCACUAGUUCUCUCGUAUUUAAGCAUAAGGGUAUGCAAAUGAUAAGCGAAAAAAUGUCCCGUUUUCAAACUACUCCUAAGUCAAAUUUACAUUUGUCAACUGAAUUUCUUUUAUCCUUAGUACUCUUAAUGUUGUACGAAGUGGCAGAUAAUUGUAAUGAAAAAUGGGGUUCAUAUUUGAAGAUAUGUAAAAAUGUGAUUUGUUCUGAAUAUUUUGAACAGCCGAAGAAUGAUAUUGAAGCAUAUUUAUUGCAAUUUUCAUUAGAGCUUUUGAAUUAUCAAGAAACUAUGGGUAGGACAGCUUGUAAGGACAAAAAUAGCUUUUUCUUAUUACAUGAAGAUGAUGACGAAGAAGAACAAGCGCCUACUUUAUAUUCCCCAAGUCCUACUUGUGUACGAAUUUCUUGGAUGGGGUGUGAUAGAAAUUUAGUAAAUGUUAUCUCGGAUAUAACCGAUUUAUCUUUCGAAAGAUUUAAUAACAUCUGUCUAGAAGAUUAUACUAUAUUAAGUAAUGAAUUAAAAAACAGGCUAAUUACUAUGGACCUUGGGGUUAAUAUAGAUGACUAUUUAUUGGAUGCUCCAGUAACUGAUUUUAGUAAUAUAUCAGCUUCUGGUAGUAAUAGUGUUUAUAUAGAUCUGACAUUGGAUAUAGAGGACUUUUGUUUCCUCUUGUCCUGUGAGGUUAAACGUUUAGCUGGGUUAAUUUAUUGGGAGUGUUGUUUACUCAAUGCAAAGCCAGAGAACCGUUAUAUUCAAACUAUGCUUAUCAAAGCUUAUAAAAUUCUUACAUUUAUAAUCAUUCAAAAUGAUUUUAAAUGGAUAUCUACUUUAUUAUGGUCAUUAUUUAUAGUAAGUGCUGAAAUUUCAGUUCAGAGCAAUGAUUGUGAUACCCUAAGGUAUUUGACAUUAAAAAUGCUAAAUCGAAUUCAACCUAAGAGCUUGGGAAAUGUGGAUAUGAUUAGAGAAAUUAUCCUUGGAAUAUGGAAAGGUAGAGAUAUCCGAAAUUGCGACGAAAAUAGUUUUGGAUAUACGAAAAAACCUGGCAUUGCAAAUGAAAGAAUUUCAAUUCUUGGUUCUCGGAACGAUUGGGAGAUUUUUGUUGCCAAUGAAUCUUACAAGAUUUCUUUGGCUUAG